AGUCUCGCGCGCGAGCUCGAAACGAGCAGCAGUUUUCUCGCCUCUCCGGCCGCUCGGCUGCGCGUCCAGGAUCUCGCGCGUCCGUGAACUCGAGAAACAAAGAGCGCGCGUCUGACGCGGAGGAUUUGUGGAGAGUAAAAAAAAGAAAGAAAGGAAGAGAGGAGAAGGAGAUAAACACGAAAUGAGCUUGAAGACGGCGUGUUCGUCCCCGGCGCCGGCGUAUCCCGCUCUGUGCGCGUGAGGAGCGAGGUGGAACAGACCCGUCGCGCGCGGCUUGCUCUCCCGUGUCUCGUCGAGCCCCCGACAUGGCGCUAAGAGGCGCGAGCGGACCCAAUUAGUUUGUUUUAUUUUUUUCCCGUGUGUCCGCCGGAGUCCACAGGGAAGUGUGUCGGUCUCCUCUGCGCUCGUUGUUUUUUCCUUUCCGCCACAUGGACUCGCGCUCUGUUCGGACAAAGAAACGGGAUUCGUCUUUCGGAGCUUUUUUCUGAAGGGGAUUUGAAGAUGCGCGUGCCUCGUUCCGCGCCCGGUACCUUGUUCCCCUCUGAGCGGAUAUUCGCGGACACUCCGAGGUCCUGAAGAAGCUUCCUGGAGCUCCAUCGGCUCCUCUUUCAACUCGGAUAUUGCUUUUUUUCUGCCCCCGUCCCGACACGGUGCUCGCGCUCCGUCCUUUGUGAGUUUAAGCCAGAGGAAAAACAGCGCUCGAGCUCACCGAUUUCACCCUGCUCAUUCAUUACCGGAAGUCAGUCAAGGGAUGGUGCCUGGCUAGAACAUCCACCGUGAACUAAUCAAGCAGCGGAAGUCGUGAUUCGAAGCAUGGUGGAUGCAAGUGCAGCCUGCAGAAUGAACCCACUCACAGCACUUGCCAUUGAUCGGAGCAAUCUAAUGCGGGAAAGCCUCCAUGUUCAUGGGGGAAUAGUUUAUCAGCCAGCGAUCCGAACCCUGCCAACAGAAAAAGGCUACGUUGGGGACCGGAUACCAGAAUUACUCUAUAAACCCGAUGUGUCGUUGGACAGCAGAAAGGCCACUAAUGGCUAUGUUGGACUUUAUAAAAGCCCAACGCACGGAAUUCAGAAACCUCUGGUUGUGCCCAGAGCUGGUGUAGAAGCUUUGGUCUUGGAUCGGCACGUCGGACCUGUUGACAAGCCCUCUGACAUGGGAUUAAACGGUGGCAGCAGCACAGGCUACCUGCGCCUUCCGUGGGCGAACCCUUACCACGAGGCAGGACUGUAUCCCUUUCUAGAUUCCAGCAAGUAUGCUGCUCUGAGUAUGUACAAAGCAUCGUUUAUGUCACAGCCUUCACCGUACCUCCCCCAACACCUGGCCUACCAGUCGCUUUGUCCUGGGGCAGGAGGGAGUGCAGCCGGUGCCGAGCGCUUGUUCUACAUGCCGCCUUAUCCUCCAGCUCCCAUUUCAUCCCCUCUUGCCCCUCCGUUAAGAAUUCCCACGGCUACAGUAGCCCCUACAGCACUGUCUCCACUGGUGCAUCAUCAGGACAAAACCUUACAGAGUAUUGGGCCAAGGAUUCACCAUGAGCCCUCUGCAUUUGGGCAGCAAACCUUACAUCAGCAAGCUCAGUCCCACCACCAGGCACAAAGUGACAGGCAACACUCUAGCAGUGGAAAUAUUAAUAACAGCAGUAGCAAGUCUAAUAGAAUCCCUUCCAGCAAGAGCUUGAGCAGCAGUAGCAGUAAUAGUACUAUUAGUAGUAGCAGCAUUAGUUGUAGUGCUAGCAUAACCAGCAGCUCUAGUGCCAGUAUUCCAGUAGAUUCAAGCCCUUCCCAGGUGCUGCAAGCACCCCGUCCGACUCCACGACCCUCUCACCCCACGUGUGCUCCCCCACCUCUUGUGGACAGCACUUCAGACUUUCAAAAGUCUGUGUUUCGCAGUCCAUCCUCAUUAUCAAGCUCAUCAUCCCCGGCAGUUUCCCAUCCAUUCUACAUAUCUCAAGAGCAUCGCUCUCCAUUAAGACCGGCUAGUCAGAAGACCAAGACUAAAGAAGGAAGCUCAGAGCAGCACAAGAGUGGAGGAUGUGAGAGAAAGACCUGUUCUUCUCCCAGUAAAACCUCCACUGAGAAACCUGUACAGCAGGGGCCUCCUACCAAAGACCCAGCAGACAAGCCAUUAGACCUAUCUGCCAAGAUCAUGGAUUUUGAAGGACCUCCUAAUGGAUUUCCUCCAAAGCUGGAGGCUUUAGCAAAUCUGGGCUACUCUCCCAACUCUCGUUAUGGACUUCCUCCUAGCAGAGAGCUUCUCAAAGAGACUCUUUCCCCCUCAUCCUCUGCUGUCAGCACUUCUUCGAAAACUCCAGAGAGGCCUGAGAUUAUUAGCACUUUACACUCUUCCUGGGUGGUGCCAAGCACAACCCAGACACACUCUUCAGAAUCCAACCACAACAAAGGUUCCACGGUCAUUAAAAAUAAGAACCUGGAACAUGUCAUUUCACAACCAAGGAGCUCUUCGUGUCCAAGAAUUGGAGAAUCCAACAAUGGCGUUGUAUCGAACCCUACUCCUGUUGUCGUUUCUUCGGCAUGUCGUCCAUCAUCUGCCUCACCGUCUCCUAAGGUAAACGGUGAUUGGGCAAAAUCUGUUCCCACACCACCGGAGAAGGCGCAGUCUUCUAAUCGUGGUAGCAGUCAACCGUUGGCCUCAAAGCCUGUGAAGACCCCUAAGAAAUCAGAUACACCUGAAAUUGGCUUUAAACCCCAGCAGCCCCAAAUCGAAAAUGGACAUCCUCCCCCUCACCUCUAUAUAACUCAAGGGGAAGCCUACUUACCUACUAGCUUAGCAUAUGCUAACAGAUACCUUCCAUACACUGUUCCAGAAAGCAUGUCGCUCCCACACUUGCAGUUGCCCAGCAAAGGGCCAGUAUAUCCCCAUCCAGUCCUGCUGAACAGCAACAGCUUGUAUUCUGCUCGUUUGCCUCACAAGCCUGGGCUUCCUUACGGAAUAACAUCUAAUCAUGGAGAGUAUGUGACCUAUGAUGCUCAAGAGAUGGUUCACCCACUAAUGUCUCCCCACUUACCUCUUGACCCCAAAGUCAACGAGCGACUUGAGCUGCGGUCCAGGCCCCAGGAGAAGACUUGGCAGCAGGAGGGAUCCCCGUACAAACAACACAGUGUGUCGGACACCGACACGCGCUACAUAGCCGAGAGGGACUCAGAGGGGCCAGAAGUUCUGGGCUGUAAAGCUCACACAGCAAGCAAAGAUGACAUCGUCUGCAUCGACCUGGUCCAAGACGACACAGAUGGCAGUCCUGAAUCAGACAAGUACAGCACUACUCCUGCCAAGCAGAGAGAGCCUACGAAGCCAGCCGGCAGCGGGACUGGGGAGGGGAUGAGGAGUACUGGUAAUUCCAAAGUGAAGGAGCCAGAACUCAUGCAGAUCCUGCGCUCUAGCCAGCCAGUUGAAUACAAGCCAGCAGAGGCUGAGCGGCAGCCAGAUCCCUGCAGUCCUUCAGAGCCACAGGAGCGGGCCGAGUCUCCUGGGCAAAGCCAGGGCGAGGAGAGUUCCAGCGAGCACAGCCCGCUGCCUCCGAUGCUGGAAGAGCAGACCCUGCGCUGUGCCAGGACCUCCGGUGACCGCGUCCGAUCGGACGCUGCAAAUUUUAAACACGAUAGGCACCAUGCCAUCCGGCAGUAUAUGGAUCUGGGCAAGGAACGAGAAAACCUGGAAUCUCCUGAGGAUGAGGAAGACGGACAUGGGUGCUCUAAAAACAAACGGUCCAGCCUGGCUAAGAGGAUCGCCAACUCGUCCGGAUACGUGGGUGACCGCUUCAAGUGCGUUACCACAGAGCUUUAUGCCGAUUCCAGUAAACUGAGCCGGGAACAGCGUGCUUUACAGAUCGAAGUCCUAUCAGCAGAGGACAGUAAUUUCAGUCAGCCAGCCGCUAACUGGGAGCGGGCAAUGAUGCGUUUCUCCGAGCUGGAGCUGAAGGAGAAGGAAGGCUGCACGUCGUCCAGCGUCGGGCCAUGGAGAGAGAGAGAGAAGUGUUUGGCCGAGAGCCAGCGUGGAGACGCGGAGUGGGAGACGAGCCAACGCUGCUCCAAACCUCCGACAGAGCAGCACAGCGGUGCAAAUCGCGUCCCUGUCCUGCAGCGGUGCGGUCCUCCGGAACGAGACGUGAGGGAAGAGAGGAAGGAGCACGGCCAAGCCCACCAGGACGCCAAGCGCUCAGCCGAGGACAGAGAGAGGAACGGAGAGAGGGAGCGAGGGAGAGACGGAGAGAGAGAUGAAGACGAGGAUGAGGAAAAGGCCGCAGUCCCGGCCAAGCGUCCUCGACUCAUGCCAGAGGCAUGGUCCCAGCCAUCGGAACAGGAAGUGAAGAACCUGAAGGUGUGCAUCGAGCUCACGGGUCUGAGGCUCAGCAAACCGCGGCAGCUCCAGCAUCUCCAGGAGCUCUGGGAGCGUCACGACAAGCCUGAGCUCUGCCCCCGCGACGGGCCAAAGGUCACGACCUGCCCCGAGAGGAAGGGCAAGAGCAACGGGGAGGCGGAUAAAGGGGUGAAGAGGAGGGCAGAGGACGACAGGGGGUGGAGCCGAGACUCUCUGGGAUACGCGGACGCUGACGCAGCUGUCCCGGUGCUGUCUGCAGAAAAGCUCGUUCCCGACGCCGCCCUCUCGCCACGGCCCCGGCGCCACGGCGACCCCGAGAAGCCCAAGGGCAAGCGCCAGUGCAAGACCAAACACCUUGGGCAGCGGGAGCUUCGGGCGCUCGUGCAGCCGUCCAGCGAGGAGUUCAGCCCCGGUCUGGCGCUCAAGGUUGUGAAGCGCAGCGCUCAGAAGGCAGAUUACGAGCCCAAACCGUCGCCCCCUGUGCCCGCCGCUGUUACCGCGGUGCCCCCCGCUGUCGCUGCGGCGGCGUCUGUGCCCGCGCCGAUGCCCCCUGAGGCCCGCAGGCUCAUCGUGAACAAAAACGCCGGAGAGACGCUGCUGCAGAGAGCCGCCCGCCUGGGCUAUGAGGAGGUGGUGCUGUACUGUCUGGAGAAUAAAGUGUGCGACGUGAAUCACCGCGACAACGCCGGUUACUGUGCCCUGCACGAAGCCUGCGCCCGCGGCUGGAUCAACAUCGUCCAGCACCUGCUGGAGCACGGAGCCGACAUCAACUGCAGCGCGCAAGACGGCACCAGGCCUCUUCACGACGCGGUGGAGAACGAUCACCUGGACGUCGUGCGGCUCUUGUUGUCGUACGGCGCCGACCCGACACUCGCCACGUAUUCGGGUCGCGGCCUGCUCAAGAUGACGCACAGCGACAUGAUGGAGACCUUUCUCUCCGACUACUUUGCGGACCUGCAGGGCCGAGAGGACGACGACCCCGGCGUGUAUUGGGAGUUUUACGGCAGUGCCGUGUGUGAGCCUGGUGAAGAUGCUGCAGCAUUUGACGUCUUGGCCGACCCUCCUGGUCCGGAGGAGGACGACGAUGAGGAACAGAGGGACGUGUUUGAGUUUGAGUUCUCCGACAGACCGCUGCUCCCCUGCUACAACAUCCAGGUGUCUCUCUCACAAGGGCCUAGAAACUGGCUGCUGCUCUCGGACGUGCUGAAGCGGCUGAAGAUGUCGGCGCGCGCCUUCCGCUCCACCUUCUCGCACAUCGAGGUGGUGACGAUCGCCGAAGCCGAGUUCUACAAGCAGGUGUCGCUCAGCCCGCUCUUCUCCUGCCCAGAGGAGCUCGACGGCUUCCUGCCCGACAGCAAGGAGCUGCUGGACCUGGUGGAGAUCAGCGCCGAGCUCGCCGCCCUGCUCGGCUCCUCGCUCGAGUAUCUGGACAACCGCUGGGAGCCGCGCUCAUGACACUAAAACGCCCCCGUGCUCCUGGACCACUUCAUCCUCCAGAAGCCCCUCGGGCACGGACGAACAUCUCGUCUCCCUCUGAGGGACGAAUGCGAACGCUUUUUUUCAAAACCCCCUGUAACAAAGUGUACAUAGUGCAAGAGGACGAAUCUCCUGCGUGCGGAGGAAACCCACAGCGUCACAGAGAAGAACUUUUUGUUUGAGAUGUUUUAUAAAAAUAUACAUAUAUAAAUAUACAGCCGCUGUAUUUUAUUUGUGAUUAUAUAUAUAUAUAUAGAUCGAAAUCUAAAUCUAUAAAUAUAUAAAUAUAUAUAUAAAUAUAUAUAUGUAUGUGAGAAAAAACCUUUCCGUUGGAUUGUAAGUGCUAACGUGCAGGAGAUCCGCGAACAGCCGUGUGUGUGUGUGCGGUCGCGACUUAACUAGUGCACUUCUCGAGCUUUCACACACUUUCAGUUUGGAGCGUUUUUUUUUUUUUGUUGUUGUUGUUUGGGGUUCUUUUUUUUUUUUUUCAUGCUAACUAGCAGACGUAGUUUCGUAGGCUAGUGGAUGCGCUAGUUUUUUUUUUUUGUUUGUUUGUUUGUUUUUUCGUCUCUUAUUUAUGAUUACAAAAAAACCAUUAAGAUAUUUUAAGCGUGGCUUUUUGGGGUAAAUAUUAAAGUUGAGUGUAAGAUACUAAUAUUGAAGCUUUGUUAGGAAACGGGACACAGUGGAAGUUGUACAUAAUGAAGCAAAGAUUUCAGUAACUUGUUUUUGGGUUUUUUUUGGAGACGUGUCAAGACUUUGUAAUUUACAUUGCGCUAUCAUUUGUAUUUAUAUUUUACAAAAAAAAAUUCCUUUAGAUAAAUGGCAAUAAAAGAUCCCCUUCAUCUUGUA